AUGAGCAGCCCAUCGCUAGGCGGUGUAUCUUCCGCCCUCGAUAUUUCUCAUGGUAGAGUACGUCGUAGAGUCUCAGGGCCAUAUUCAAUUCCGAGUCCACACGGGGAAACCGUGACGCAUUCAAAAGUACCCGGAGAAGCAUGUGCCAACCCAUUUGACGAUGUUUUUCAGCACAAUCCGUUUGAUGGUGUCGCCCAACCAGGGUUUUUACCGGCCCUCGGACGAGAGCUGGACGACCGACCGUUCCCACCUGUGCCUACCAAAUACCCAGACGCUCGACUCCCAACUUCCAAAAUUGGGAGUGACCGCUUGUAUGCUCAACCUAAUGAUCUGCUAUCAAAAAUAGCACACCCACUGAGGACGAUCAGAGGCUGCUCCAAACCGGGAGAGGUUAAUGAUAGUGGACUGCCUGUAGAACCGGAAGUGGAGUAUCACAAUAGCAAAGGAGCAUACCCUUCAACUCCCUUUUCGGAAUCAUGUAGCCCAACCACUAUCCGCUUGGUUCCACAGCAGGAAGAUGCCUUACUUGGGAUUCCAAAUCAAGGACAUGACGUACCAAGUAUGCAACCUGGCUCACCGGCGCUCCUGGCAGCAACACAUGCAGCGACCGACCGUUUCACGCGCAGAUUCCCAAUAAGCAUUUCUCAUCGCAAGGCCAAUACUGUAGUAUCGGAAGAAGACAAGUUACUCCCGUUGUUGGGAUACGGAGAAACAGGAGCAGUAGUUGAAUGGCCGAAUGUUUGGACACCGGAAAAGUGGGCAUUGUUACUUUCUAUCUGUUCGGUGAGUUGA